AUGCCACGUAAACCACGCACAGUAUUCACUCAAGAACAAAGCAUGAUCAACCACUACGAAGUGGUUCUGAUCGAGGCAGCGGCCUCAGAAACAGGCCUUGAUAUUCAAACAAUCAAAAUCACAAACGAAAAGGCCAGACACAAGCCUCCUACAUCAAGAAGUGUAACACGCAUUCUGACAGUGAAGCGUUCUCUGUCGGAUUAUAAUGUUUUCAUGAAAGAAUUCUUUCAGAAGACAGAAGUCGAUGGUAAUUAG